AUGCCUGCGACUCGCGUCACGAUAGCGCUCAAUUCGAAGCAGUCUUUAAAGGCUCCACUACUCAUUCCCGCCUCUACAUCGGCUGAUCCCGCAGCCUCGACGUCUAUCCGCGCACUCGUCUUCAAGACAGCGCAAUCGAAGCUCCGUCUGAAGAAGCCCACGCGCAUAUUCGUCGGGCGAACAGGCCACGAGCUACUCACCGAAGAGGACUGGAAGACCAACAUCAAAGAUGAUGUUGUACUCCUCCUGUCAGCUGGAGAGGAUUUUGUCGGCGUGAAGCGCGAAUCCAACGUUCAUGCACAUGCCAACCUCGAGUGUCCUGUUGAGCUCCUUACUUCGAAUACACCUGUCGAAACGCUUGCUGUCACUCAGUUGUCGACUACGGCGCAUACUUUACCUGGAAUCGUACAUGCGGUUGGACAGCCGGAUCUUCACCCUGGAUCGAAAUUCCCCAUUGGCGCUGUGAUUGCUUCGAAAGGAUGGGUUCAUCCGCCGUUGAUUGGGGGAGACAUUGGUUGCGGAAUGGCCUGGUUUAAGACUACGCUUCCGCGAAGUCAAGUGGAUGGUGACAAGGGCAAGAAAGUAGCUGAGAAGCUGCGCGGUCUCGAAGGACCAUGGCGAACACAGGCGCAUAGAGAGGCCUGGAUGCACGAAGAAGAUGGCAGUUGCUCAACGGGAGAAGAGUGGGAUAUCGCACUUGGUACCAUAGGGGCCGGCAACCACUUUGCCGAGAUCCAGGUCGUCGAAGAGUCGUCUUUGUCUGCGGAUGACAAGCUGAGUCUUCAGGAAAAUGAUGUCGUGCUCCUAGUCCACUCCGGUUCUCGGGGCUAUGGCGGUAGCGUACUCAAGAAGCACACGACCGACGCCCACGUCAGCUUUCAGGAGGAUAGCCCAGAGGCGAUCGAGUAUAUUAAAGAGCACGACAAGGCCUGCCAAUGGGCAAAGGCAAAUCGGGACCUGAUAGCUUUGCGGUUUCUGUCAUGCUUGGAACCUGGCAACGAAGCCUGGGAUCUCGGUAGCUCAAGCUCUGAAGAUGUACGAGUCGACGUCGCAGCGAUCUCGUAUGCCAGGAAACAACUUCAACAACGGAAAGUGGUUGACAUUUGGCACAACAACGUCGAGCGUGUCAAGUGGCCUCCUUCUCCACCUUCAACAUCAUCGGACUUAGCGGACGCGGCCAGCAAUCUCAGUCUCAGCGAUGGCAAAGCCUCACAAGACCAUGUGUGGAUCCAUCGCAAAGGCGCUGCACCCACAUACAACCCCGAGACCCAACAGCCACUCGAGCUCCUACCACUACCAGGCUCGCGAGGCACACCAACACUCAUCCUCAAACCUACCUUCUCCACACGCACCUCCUGGGGCCUGAAGAAUGCACUAUCUCUCGCUCACGGCGCGGGACGGGCGAUGACGCGGACCAAGGCAUUGACUUCGCUGGGAGCAAAAUAUAAGGGCAUAAACAUCUUGGAGCCAAGAGCUGGGGACUCGGAAGGGACAUGGGUGGUGUGCGACGAGAAAGACUUGGUCUUCGAAGAAGCGCCUGAGGCCUACAAAGACGUCGAGCUGGUCGGUCAAGAUCUGGUAGACAACCGGAGUGGCUGA